GCUCAGGCGAAGGCCAAGGCCAAGCCAAAGGCUACAGGGAUGAAGCGCCCCGCCGCCAAGCCGAUGGAGAAGGCCACUCCGUCCAAGAAGGAGAAGGGCGCGAAGGAGAAGGGCACUCAGCCCCAGAAGCGGGAGGUGAAGGAGGAGUGGAAGGAUGGGCUGCCCAAGCCGGAGCACGAUGGCUCUGCCGCUGAGGAGGCUGGAGGCUGCGAAGAGAAUGACGCCACCAAGAACAGGAUCAAGGCCCGAAAGUUCAACGCGAUGCUGAAGGCAGGCCAGUUGCCUUCUUGGCUGGCGACCGCUUGGGAGAAAACCUUGGAAAUGGGCCCUGGGAAACAGGACCGACAGCGUAUGUUGGUCAACGCCGCGUUCGACCACAAGAACGGCCGCCUCAUCCUGAAUGUCGAUAAGCCGAUCUUCCGAGAUGUCCAGAAGACGUACCAGAAAACGGAGGCGUCUGAUAAGAGUAAGAGUUUGACCAAACUGCUCUUCAAGAAAAAAUGGAAUCUGACCGAAGAGGAGUUUGCCCAGGGCUUGGCUGACAAGGAGUUCUACGAAGUCACGGAUGCCGCGGGGAAGCUCAAGUACGGGUGGGAUGUCUCCGAGCAUUCGACGACAAGGGGCAAGGAGGGCAGUUCGGCGGUGGAGGCGAUCCAUGAGGGCAACCGGCAGGAUGCCAAGUUCUUCAUGCAGUUGGCAGGGGACUGGAAAAUCGGCCUUUUUUCUAAAAGCUCAUCUUCGAAGUCUGGCAUGCUCGCCCUGCACGACAGCGAUAAGGAGAUCAACCCGGAGCAGUGGAAGCAGGCCCAGAAGCAACUCAACCUUGGCAUGGCUGCGUGCGAGCGGCUGCAUCAGUCAGCCAAGAAACUUCUGCAAGUGAUCGGCGUGGAUGCGAAGGAGGACGAGCUGUGGAGUAAGCUGCUGCUUGGCCAGGACUUGCAGAAGAAAGCUGCCCAGGCCGCAUCGACCGCCAAAGACCGCCUGGAGCACGUGUACAAUUGGAAAGAGAUGCAGAACGGACAGGACAUCACUCCCCAGCUCUACGACACCCUCAUGGCCGAAGUUGGAUCUCAGUGCGAGAUGUUGGAGGAGGACCUUGCGGCGAUCCGAGCCCAGGUCAAUGUGCGGAAUGCUAGGAAGAGGGCCAAGAACAAGGAGUCUGACUAG